AUGAGCUUCCCAGGCCCCAUUGCGCCCCCCUGGGGCCCCCCGAGGCUCUUGGGGGCCCCCCUGGACCCUCGGAGUGUCUGGGGCGGGGCAGCAAGGGCGUGGGGGGGCCCCCUUGAGGGGGGCCCCCAAGUGGGGGGCCCCCCCCAGGGGGGCCCCCCAGUUGGGGGGCCCCCGCAGCUGCUGCUGCAGCCGCAGGGCAGCUUUCUGAGGGUCUCGCAGGCCGUGCGGUGGAGCAGCGGGGGACUUGUGGUUGAAAGCCACAGCGCCAGCACCCAAGUUUUGUGUGCAGUGAAGGAGUUUGCUGCAAGCCAGGGGAGCCACUGUGCCAGCGCAGCAGAGAGGGGCCCCCGGAAUGCUUCGAGCAGCAGCAACAGCAGCAGCAGCAGCAGCAGGGGUCCCGUAGGCAGUUCACAGCAGUGGGGGGCCCCCAUAGAGGCCCCCGAGGGGCCCCCGGGGCCCCUUUUGGUACCUUUUGUGGCAACUUCUGUUGCUGUCUGCGCCCACGUCAGCAGCAGCAGCAGCAGCACGCAGUCAGUGCAGUUCCUAAGGAAGUUCGAGGUGGUCCAGGCUGCAGCAGCUAGCAGCAGCAGCAGCAGCAGCAACGGCAGCAGCUUCUUGGGCACUAGGAAGGGGGGGCUCAGAGCUGUUGAAGGGACACCUCUCACUCGACUACGCAGCCGCCAAGGAGAAGCCCUUGGCGACAGAGAGGCUGCAGCAGCACUGCCCCCCAUCCUAAGCCCUGCAGCAGCAGCAGCAGCAGUUGCUGCUGCUGCUGCAGCGCCUUGGCAGCCACUGCAGGCUACUGAGGGCGGCGAACUUCUACCGGAGAGUGCAGCAGCAGCAGCAGCACGCGCAGCAGCAGCAUCCGCAGCAGCAGCAGAAGCUGAUACGCCGCCUGAGGAUGUUUGGAGCGCGCAUGCAGCGGAUGAGCAGGAGGCAGCAGCUGCAGCAGCAGCGGAUGCGUUCCCCCAGAAAGACACAACAAGGGCAAGUAACGAAAAGAAAACAGAAGGCAGUUCAGCAGCAGCUGCUGCUGCAGCACCAGCAGCAGCUGCUGCUGCAGCAGCACGCCGCCGCAGCAAAAGGGGGAAGCCCCUGCACCUCUCCUCAGUGCGCACUCUCAAGGGGCCCUCAGCAUGUUUGACUUUGGGGGCCCCCCCAGCAGCAGCAGCAGCAGCAGCAGCAAAGAAAGUGGCAGCAAGGCCUCGCCAAGCAGCAGGAGUCGUUUUUUCUGACCAAGUGCCUGCUGCUGCUGCUGCUGCUCGAAAGAGCAGCAGCUUCCCACAGCCUGGGGGCCCCCAGCAGCAGCAGCUGUGGCCCUUGCGCUACUACACUACAAGCUCUACAGCUGCAGCUGCUGCAGCAGGAGGGCUCAGGGGCCCCCCAGGGGGGCCCCCAGGGGCCCCCUUGGGGGGGACCCCAUGGGGGCCCCCAGGGGGGCCCCCUGCAGCAGGCAGCAGGGGCCCCCGUCACAUGAGUACUGCAGAAGCUUAUUUUGGGAGGGUACCGGAGGGUUCUGCAGAUUUUAAGAAGCUGCUGACGCAGAGGAGAGCAGCAGCAGCAGCAAACGGAGACAGCAGCAGCAGCAGCAGCAGCAGUAACAGGAGCAGCAGCAAGGAGACAAAGAGGAGGAGCAGCUGGUGGGGGAGGCGGAAAGGAGCUGCUGCAGAAGACGGGGAAGCUAGAGAUUUGCAUGCAGCAGCAAAAAAUGAAAAAAAGGAAAAAGAUGAAAAGAAAAAAGAUGAAAAGAAAAGAGAAACAAAAAUAAAUAAAAAACAAGAAGCUUAUGGGCCUGGCGGGCGGUGGGGCGGGACGGAAGCAGCAGCAGCAAUUCGCACCAUGACAGCAGCAGGAGCAGCAGCAGCAGCAGCAGCAGCAGCACGAGCAGCAACAAACCCGGGGCCCCCGCCAGCCUCCUGGGUAAACCCACAGCAGCAAAUGAACAGAGAAAGAAUGGCUUUUAAAGGAGCAGCAACUUAUUUAAAAGCAAAAGAUAAUAAAAUAAAUAAUAAUUGGAAUGAAAAAGACUAUUUAUACUUCAAAGAAGAUUCUGCAAAAGUCAAAAAAAGCCGCAGCUUUCCAGUGUCUUUUCUCGCAAAGUUGAAAAGCAAAUUCACCAGAUCCAAGUCUGCAAAUGGAUAA